AAGCAAAUAACUGCAUUGCCUUGAGUUUGUAGGUGCCUCUACUACUCUGGGAAAAUGGCAGAUGAUGAAGAAUAUGAGGAGGUGGUGGAGUAUUACACAGAGGAGACAAUCUAUGAGGAGGUGCCAGGAGAGACAAUAACAGAAAUCUAUGAAACUACUACAACAAGGACAACAACAUCUGACUAUGAGCAAUCGGAACCUUCCAAACCAGCACUGGCACAGCCAGAACCCGCAAAGCCAGUGGAGAGGAAGAAGGUCAUCCGGAAGAAAGUGGACUCUUCCAAGUUCAUGACUCCCUAUAUUGCACACAGUCAGAAAAUGCAGGAUCUUUUUAGCACAAAUAAAUAUAAAGAGAAUUAUGAGAAAGCAAAAGGACAGCCAACUGCCAUCACCACUGAUACUCCAGAACUUCGCAGGAUCAAGAAAGUACAGGAUCAACUCAGUGAGGUUAAGUAUCGAAUGGAUGGUGAUGUUGCUAAAACUAUCUGUCAUGUAGAUGAAAAAGCCAAGGACAUUGAACAUGCAAAGAAAGUGUCGCAGCAAGUCAGCAAGGUUUUAUACAAGCAGAACUGGGAAGACACCAAGGAUAAGUACCUGCUUCCCCCUGAUGCCCCUGAACUUGUCCAGGCCGUCAAGAACACAGCCAUGUUCAGUAAGAAACUGUACACUGAAGACUGGGAAGCUGACAAAAGCUUGUUUUACCCAUAUAAUGAUAGCCCGGAGCUGAGAAGAGUUGCCCAAGCCCAGAAAGCUCUCAGUGAUAUUGCUUAUAAAAAAGGACACACUGAACGGCAAACUCAAUUCACAUCUCUACCAGAUCCUCCAGAUAUAGAAUUUGCCAAGAAAGUAACCAAUCAAGUGAGCAAGCAAAAAUACAAGGAGGACUAUGAAAAUAAAGUCAAAGGCAAAUGGAGUGAGACACCUUGCUUUGAAAUUGCAGCUGCCAGAAUGAAUGCUGAUAAUUUCAGUGCAAGGAAGUACCAGGAAGACUUUGAAAAUAUGAAAGACCAGAUCUACUUCAUGCAGACUGAAACACCAGAGUAUAAAGUGAAUAAACAAGCUGGAAUGACAGCUAGCAAGGUAAAAUACAAAGAAGACUAUGAAAAGAGUAAAGGAAAAGCAGAUUAUAAUGUACUUCCUGCUACAGAGAACCCGCUGCUCAGGCAGCUGAAGACAGCAGGAGAUGUCCUAAGUGAUAAACUAUACAAGGAAAACUAUGAAAAGACAAAGGCAAGGAGCAUGAAUUACUGCGAGACCCCCAAGUUUCAGCUCGAUACAGUUCUGCAGAACUUCAGUAGUGAUACUAAAUAUAAAGAUUCCUACUUAAAGAACAUUUUGGGACAUUAUGUGGGCAGUUUUGAGGACCCAUAUCAUACACACUGCAUGAAAAUCUCAGCUCAAAACAGUGAUAAAAACUACAAAGCAGAAUAUGAAGAGGACAGAGGUAAAUGCUUCUUUCCCCAGACCAUAACGCAAGAAUAUGAAACAAUCAAGAAGCUAGAUCAGUGUAAAGAUCAUACAUACAAAGUCCAUCCAGAUAAGACAAAAUUCACUCAAGUUACUGACUCUCCUGUUAUGGUGCAAGCCCAAGUCAAUACCAAACAACUGAGUGAUCUAAAUUACAAAGCAAAACACGAAACUGAAAAGUCCAAGUACCACAUACCUCCAGAUACUCCUGCCCUUUUGCAGCACAAAGUUAAUGCCUAUAACCUAAGCGAUAAUGUAUACAAGCACGACUGGGAGAAGAGCAAAGCUAAGAAAUUCGACAUUAAAGUGGAUGCCAUUCCCCUGCUCGCAGCCAAGGCCAACAGCAAGAUUGCUAGCGAUGUGAUGUACAAGAAAGACUAUGAGAAAAGCAAAGGGAAGAUGAUUGGAGCCCUGAGCAUUAAUGAUGAUCCCAAGAUGCUGCACUCUCUGAAGACGGCCAAAAACCAGAGUGAUAGAUUAUACAGGGAAAACUAUGAGAAGACAAAGGCAAAGAGCAUGAAUUACUGUGAGACUCCCAAAUACCAACUUGAUACUCUGCUGAAGAGCUUCAGUGAGGCUAAGUAUAAAGAUUCUUAUGUACAGAAUGUUUUGGGACAUUACAUAGGCAGCUUUGAGGACCCAUAUCAAAUACACUGCAUGAAAGUUUCAGCUCAAAACAGUGAUAAAAAUUAUAAAGCAGAAUAUGAAGAAGAUAGAGGGAAAUGCUAUUUCCCUCAGACAAUAACACAAGAAUAUGAAGCAAUCAAGAAGUUAGAUCAGUGUAAAGACCAUACCUACAAAGUUCAUCCAGAUAAGACCAAAUUCACAGCUGUUACUGAUUCUCCUGUACUAUUGCAAGCUCAGCUCAACACAAAGCAACGUAGUGAUCUGAAUUACAAAGCAAAACAUGAAGGUGAGAAGUUCAAGUGCAAUGUACCAGCAGAUGCACCAGAGUUUAUCCAACAUAAAGUCAAUGCCUAUAAUUUGAGUGAUAAUGUAUAUAAACAGGACUGGGAGAAGAGCAAAGCUAAGAAAUUUGACAUUAAAAUGGAUGCCAUUCCCCUACUGGCAGCCAAGGCCAACAGCAAGAUUGCUAGCGAUGUGAUGUACAAGAAAGACUAUGAGAAAAGCAAAGGGAAGAUGAUUGGAGCCCUGAGCAUUAAUGAUGAUCCCAAGAUGCUGCACUCUCUGAAGACGGCCAAAAACCAGAGUGAUCGUGAAUAUCGUAAAGAUUAUGAAAAGUCAAAAACAAUCUACACAGCACCUCUUGACAUGCUCCCAGUCACUCAAGCUAAGAAAUCUCAGGCAAUUGUCAGUGACGUGGACUAUAAGCACAUCUUACACAAUUACAGCUACCCGCCUGACAGCAUCAACAUGGACCUUGCAAAGAAGGCUUAUGCGCUGCAGAGUGAUGUUGAAUAUAAGGCCGACUACAACAGCUGGAUGAAAGGCUGUGGCUGGGUGCCUUUUGGGUCCUUAGAAAUGGAAAAGGCGAAGAGAGCUUCAGACAUCCUUAAUGAGAAAAAAUACCGCCAACAUCCAGACACUCUCAAGUUUACAGCAAUUGAAGAUGCUCCAAUUACAGUGCAAUCUAAAAUUAACCAGGCCCAGAGGAGUGAUAUUGCCUACAAAGCCAAAGGAGAGGAAAUUCUUCACAAAUACAGCCUACCAGUGGACUUGCCCCAGUUCGUUCAGGCUAAAGUUAACGCCUACAAUAUCAGCGAGAAUAUGUACAAAGCAGACUUGAAAGAUAUGAGCAAGAAGGGAUAUGACCUGAGAAUUGAUGCGAUUCCCAUCAAAGCUGCCAAAGCUGCCAGGCAGGCAGCAAGUGACGUUCAGUACAAAAAAGAUUUUGAAAAGGCCAAAGGGAAAAUGGUUGGUUUUCAAAGUCUCCAAGAUGAUCCUAAACUGGUUCAUUAUAUGAAUGUGGCCAAGAUACAAUCAGAACGGGAAUAUAAAAAAGACUAUGAGAAGACAAAAACUAAAUACAACACACCCCAUGAUAUGUUCAAUGUUGUGGCAGCUAAGAAAGCUCAGGAUGUUGUCAGCAAUGUCAACUAUAAGCAUCCAAUCCAUCAUUAUACAUAUCUGCCUGAUGCCAUGGACCUGGAGUUGUCUAAAAAUAUGAUGCAAAUACAGAGUGAUAAUGCCUAUAAGGAAGAUUAUAAUAACUGGAUGAAAGGUAUUGGCUGGGUACCUAUUGGCAGUCUUGAUGUAGAAAAAGUUAAGAAGGCAGGUGAUGCCCUGAAUGAAAAGAAGUACAGGCAACAUCCAGACACCCUCAAAUUCACCAGCAUCGUGGACUCCCCAGUUAUGGUCCAGGCAAAGCAAAACACACAGCAAAUCAGUGAUAUAUUGUACAAAGCUAAAGGUGAAGAUGUGAAACAUAAGUACACGAUGAGUGCUGAUCUCCCUCAGUUUGUCCAGGCAAAGUGCAAUGCUUACAAUAUAAGUGAUGUCUGUUACAAACGGGACUGGCAUGAUUUAAUAGCCAAGGGGAACAAUGUGAUGAGUGAUGCUAUUCCCAUUGCUGCAGCCAAAGCAUCAAGAAACAUCGCAAGUGAUUAUAAAUACAAGGAAGCUCAUGAAAAGUCAAAGGGAAAGCAUGUGGGUUUCAGAAGCCUCCAGGAUGAUCCCAAGCUGGUCCAUUAUAUGAAUGUAGCAAAGCUACAGUCUGAUCGUGAAUAUAAGAAAAACUAUGAGAACACUAAAACCAGCUACCACACACCCAGGGACAUGGUUAGCAUUACAGCUGCAAAGAUGGCCCAGGAUGUCGCCACCAAUGUCAACUAUAAACAGCCAAUACAUCACUACACCUACCUACCUGAUGCCAUGAGUCUUGAGCAUACCAGGAAUGCGAACCAAAUUCAGAGUGAUAAUAUUUAUAAAGAUGAGUAUAACAGCUUCUUCAAAGGCAUUGGAUGGAUCCCUAUUGGUUCUUUAGAGGUUGAGAAGGUUAAGAAAGCAGGUGAUGCCCUAAAUGAGCGGAAGUAUCGACAGCACCCAGAUACCAUCAAAUUCACAAGUGUGCCUGAUUCCAUGGGCAUGGUUUUGGCUCAGCAGAACACAAAGCAGCUAAGCGAUUUGAACUACAAGGUGGAGGGAGAGAAACUGAAGCACAAGUAUACUAUGGACCCUGAAUUGCCCCAGUUUAUCCAGGCCAAGGUCAAUGCCAUCAAUAUGAGUGAUGCUCAUUAUAAAGCAGACUGGAAGAAAACUCUUGCUAAAGGCUAUGAUUUGAGACCAGAUGCUAUUCCAAUUGUUGCUGCAAAAAGUUCAAGAAAUAUUGCUAGUGAUUUUAAGUAUAAGGAAGCUCAUGAGAAAGCCAAAGGCAAGCAUAUUGGAUUUCUCAGUCUUCAGGAUGAUCCUAAACUGGUUCACUACAUGAAUGUAGCCAAAAUACAGUCUGAUCGUGAGUACAAGAAGGGCUAUGAAGCCAGCAAGACCAGGUAUCACACACCCUUGGAUAUGUUCAGUGUGACAGCGGCUAAGAAAUCUCAGGAGGUUGCUACCAACACCAACUACAAACAACCCUUCCACAACUAUACUCUCCUGCCUGAUGCCUUGAACAUGGAACACUCUAGGAAUGCGAUGCAAAUCCAAAGUGAUAACCUGUACAAAUCAGACUUCACCAACUGGAUGAAAGGGAUCGGCUGGGUCCCCAUAGAGUCGCUGGAUGUAGAGAAAGCAAAGAAAGCUGGAGAGAUUUUCAGUGAGAAGAAGUAUCGCCAGCACCCUGAGAAGCUGAAGUUCACUUAUUCCAUGGACACAAUGGAGCAAGCACUUAACAAAAGUAAUAAACUGAAUAUGAAUAAGAGGCUUUACACUGAAAAAUGGAACAAAGACAAGACCACCAUUCAUGUCAUGCCGGAUACUCCAGACAUCGUACUCUCCAAAAUAAACCAAAUCACCAUGAGUGAUAAACUGUACAAAGCUGGCUGGGAAGAAGAAAAGAAGAAAGGCUAUGACCUGAGGCCUGAUGCUAUCCCAAUAAAGGCUGCAAAAGCCUCCAGAGACAUUGCCAGUGAUUACAAAUACAAACAAGCCUAUGAAAAAACCAAAGGAAAACACAUUGGUUUCCGGAGCCUGGAAGACGACCCCAAGUUGGUGCACUUCAUGCAGGUGGCCAAGAUGCAGUCAGACCGGGAAUAUAAAAAGGCAUAUGAACAAUCCAAGACAUCCUUCCAUACACCAGUGGACAUGUUAAGUGUGGUGGCAGCCAAGAAGUCUCAAGAAGUGGCCACCAAUGCCAACUAUAGGAAUGUGAUUCAUACCUACAACAUGCUUCCUGAUGCCAUGGGCUUCGAGUUGGCCAAAAAUAUGAUGCAGAUUCAAAGUGAUAAUCAAUACAAAGCUGACUAUGCUGAUUUCAUGAAGGGCAUAGGAUGGCUCCCCCUGGGCUCCUUAGAGGCUGAGAAAAACAAGAAAGCCAUGGAGAUUAUCAGUGAAAAGAAAUACCGUCAACACCCAGAUACUUUGAAGUAUUCCACAUUGAUGGAUUCAAUGAACAUGGUUUUGGCCCAGAAUAAUGCCAAAAUUAUGAAUGAACACCUCUACAAACAAGCCUGGGAAGCUGACAAAACCAAAGUCCACAUCAUGCCUGAUAUCCCCCAGAUUAUUUUGGCAAAAGCAAAUGCUAUUAAUAUGAGUGAUAAAAUCUACAAACUUUCUCUGGAGGAGUCCAGGAAGAAAGGCUACGAUCUCAGAACUGAUGCAAUUCCUAUCAAAUCUGCUAAGGCUUCAAGAGAUAUUGCAAGUGAUUAUAAAUAUAAAAUCAAUUAUGAAAAACAAAGGGGGAAGAUGGUUGGUUUCCGCAGUCUUGAAGAUGAUCCCAAAUUAGUCCAUUCCAUGCAAGUGGCUAAAAUGCAAUCUGAUCGGGAAUACAAGAAAAACUAUGAGAACACAAAGACCAGCUACCAUACCCCUGCAGACAUGCUCAGUGUCACAGCUGCCAAGGAUGCUCAAGCCAACAUUACCAACACAAACUAUAAGCACCUGAUCCACAAGUAUAUCCUCCUUCCAGAUGCCAUGAGUAUUGAGCUGACUAGGAAUAUGAAUCACAUACAAAGUGAUAAUGAAUAUAAGCAGGACUAUAAUGAAUGGUACAAAGGGCUUGGCUGGAGUCCAGCUGGUUCUCUAGAAGUGGAAAAAGCCAGGAAGGCAACUGAAUAUGCCAGUGAUCAGAAAUACCGCCAGCACCCUAGCAACUUCCAGUUUAAGAAGCUGACUGACUCCAUGGACAUGGUUCUUGCCAAACAGAAUGCACAGACCAUGAACAAGCACUUGUACACUAUUGAUUGGAACAAAGAUAAAACCAAGAUUCAUGUGAUGCCAGAUACACCUGAUAUUUUACAAGCCAAGCAGAAUCAAACAAUGUACAGUCAGAAAUUCUAUAAACUUGGAUGGGAAGAAGCUUUGAAGAAAGGCUAUGAUCUCCCACUUGAUGCAAUUUCUGUACAAUCAGCCAAAGCUUCAAGGGACAUUGCUAGUGAUUUUAAAUACAAACAAGGUUACCGUAAACAACUUGGCCACCAUAUUGGAUUCCGGAGUCUACAAGAUGAUCCAAAGCUUGUAUUAUCCAUGAAUGUAGCCAAAAUGCAAAGUGAAAGAGAAUACAAAAAAGACUUUGAGAAGUGGAAAACCAGGUAUACAAGCCCAGUGGACAUGCUGGGAGUGGUAUUGGCCAAGAAAUGUCAAGCCUUGGUCAGUGAUGUGGACUAUCGUAAUUACCUGCAUCAGUGGACAUGCCUACCUGACCAGAAUGAUGUUAUUCAAGCUAAAAAAGUUUAUGAACUACAGAGUGAGAAUAUGUACAAGUCUGAUCUUGAGUGGCUGAAAGGCAUAGGAUGGAGUCCCCUGGGUUCCUUGGAGGCAGAAAAAAACAAGCGAGCUUCAGAAAUUAUCAGUGAGAAGAAAUAUCGUCAGCCUGCAGACAAAAACAAGUUCACCAGCAUUCCUGAUGCCAUGGAUAUAGUUCUUGCAAAAACAAAUGCCAAAAAUAGGAGUGAUAGACUUUAUAGAGAAGCUUGGGAUAAGGAUAAGACUCAAAUUCACAUCAUGCCUGAUACACCUGACAUUAUGCUGGCUAAAGCAAACUUAGUCAAUACAAGUGAUAAAAUCUACCGAAUGGGUUAUGAGGAGUUGAAGAGAAAAGGUUAUGAUCUUCCCCUUGAUGCCAUAUCGAUCAAAACAGCCAAAGCAUCCCGUGAAAUUGCCAGCGAAUAUAAAUAUAAAGAAGGCUUUCGCAAGCAGCUGGGCCAUCACAUUGGGGCCCGGGACAUUCAGGACGACCCCAAGAUGAUGUGGUCCAUGCAUGUGGCUAAGAUCCAAAGUGACAGGGAGUACAAGAAAGACUUUGAGAAAUGGAAGACCAAGUACAACAGCCCAGUGGACAUGCUGGGAGUGGUGCUGGCCAAGAAGUGCCAGACCUUAGUCAGUGAUGUGGACUACAAGAACUACCUGCACCAGUGGACGUGCCUGCCUGACCAGAAUGACGUCAUCCAUGCUCGACAGGCCUAUGACCUCCAGAGUGAUAAUUUGUACAAGGCUGACCUUCAGUGGCUAAAAGGCAUUGGCUGGAUGCCUAGUGGUUCUCUUGAGGAUGAGAAGAACAAGAGAGCUACCCAGAUUUUAAGUGACCAUAUUUACCGUCAGCACCCAGAUAAAUUGAAGUUUUCCAGCCUUAUGGACUCCAUCCCAAUGGUUUUGGCAAAAAACAAUGCCAUUACUAUGAAUCAUCGCCUCUAUACAGAAGCUUGGGAUAAGGAUAAAACCACUGUCCACAUUAUGCCAGACACUCCUGAAGUGGUACUAGCUAAACAAAACAAAAUAAAUUACAGUGAGAAAAUAUAUAAACUUGGUUUAGAAGAAGCCAAGAAGAAAGGCUAUGACAUGAGGCUAGAUGCCAUUCCCAUCAGGGCAGCCAAGGCCUCCAGAGACAUAGCAAGUGAGUUCAAAUAUAAAGAAGGUUAUCGUAAGCAGCUUGGCCACCACAUCGGUGCCAGGGCGAUACAUGAUGACCCCAAGAUGAUGUGGUCCAUGCACGUGGCCAAGAUCCAGAGUGACAGGGAGUACAAGAAAGACUUUGAGAAGUGGAAGACCAGGUAUAGCAGCCCAGUGGACAUGCUGGGAGUGGUGCUGGCCAAGAAGUGCCAGACCUUAGUCAGUGAUGUGGACUACAAGAACUACCUGCACCAGUGGACGUGCCUGCCUGAUCAGAAUGACGUCAUCCACGCUCGGCAGGCCUAUGACCUCCAGAGUGACAAUUUGUACAAGUCAGAUCUCCAGUGGUUGAGAGGCAUUGGCUGGGUUCCCAUCGGCUCUUUGGAUGUAGAAAAAUGCAAAAGGGCAACUGAAAUUUUGAGUGAAAAAAUCUAUCGCCAGUCUCCAGACAAAUUUAAAUUUACCAGUGUGACUGAUUCUCUGGAACAAGUGUUGGCCAAGAAUAACGCCAUCACCAUGAACAAGCGUUUAUACACCGAGGCCUGGGACAAAGACAAGACUCAAAUUCAUAUAAUGCCUGAUACCCCAGAAAUCAUGUUGGCAAGGCAGAACAAACUUAACUACAGUGAGAGUCUGUAUAAACUUGCUAAUGAAGAAGCGAAGAAGAAAGGCUAUGACUUGAGAAGCGAUGCUAUUCCAAUCGUGGCUGCUAAGGCCUCCCGGGAUAUUGCCAGUGAUUACAAGUACAAAGAUGGUUACCGCAAGCAGCUGGGCCAUCACAUCGGGGCCCGGGACAUUAAGGAUGACCCCAAGAUGAUGUGGUCCAUGCAUGUGGCCAAGAUCCAGAGUGACAGGGAGUACAAGAAGGACUUUGAGAAGUGGAAAACCAAGUAUUCCAGCCCAGUGGACAUGCUGGGAGUGGUGCUGGCCAAGAAGUGCCAGACCUUAGUCAGUGAUGUGGACUAUAAGAACUAUCUACACCAGUGGACGUGCCUGCCUGACCAGAAUGAUGUCAUCCAUGCUCGACAGGCCUAUGACCUCCAGAGUGACAAUGUCUAUAAAUCAGACCUCCAGUGGCUAAAAGGCAUUGGCUGGGUCCCCCUCGGGUCUCUGGAGCAGGUCAAAUGCAAGAGAGCUGCAGAGAUACUGAGUGACAACCUCUACCGCCAGUCCCCAGACAAGCUGAAAUUUACCAGUGUGACUGAUUCCCUGGAACAGGUGCUAGCCAAGAACAAUGCCAUCACCAUGAACAAGCGCUUAUACACAGAAGCCUGGGACAAAGACAAGACACAAAUCCACAUCAUGCCUGAUACUCCUGAAAUUAUGUUGGCAAGGCAAAAUAAAAUAAAUUAUAGUGAGAGCCUUUAUCGCCAAGCAAUGGAAGAAGCCAAGAAAGAGGGCUACGACUUGAGAAGUGAUGCCAUUCCUAUUGUGGCUGCCAAGGCCUCCCGGGACAUUGCCAGUGAUUACAAAUACAAAGAAGCUUAUCGUAAGCAGUUGGGUCACCAUAUUGGUGCCCGAGCGAUACACGAUGAUCCCAAGAUGAUGUGGUCCCUCCACAUUGCCAAAGUGCAGAGUGACCGUGAGUACAAAAAGGAAUUUGAGAAAUACAAGACCAGGUACAGCAGCCCAGUGGACAUGCUUGGUAUCGUUUUGGCUAAGAAAUGUCAGACCUUGGUCAGUGAUGUGGACUAUAAACAUCCUCUGCAUGAAUGGACUUGCUUGCCUGACCAGAAUGACAUCAUCCAGGCUCGGAAAGCUUACGACCUCCAGAGUGAUAAUCUGUAUAAAGCAGACCUUGAUUGGAUGAAGGGCAUUGGCUGGGUUCCAAUUGGCUCCUUGGAAGUUGUUAAAGCCAAGAGAGCCACAGAGAUACUGAGUGAUAAUCUCUACCGUCAGCGUCCAGACACAAUGAAGUUUACAAGCAUAACUGAUUCUCUGGAGCAGGUGCUGGCAAAGAACAAUGCUAUAACCAUGAAUAAGCGCUUAUAUACUGAAGCUUGGGACAAAGAUAAGAAAACAAUCCAUGUCAUGCCUGAUACACCAGAAAUUAUGUUAGCCAAGUUCAACCAAAUAAACUAUAGUGAUAAACUCUAUAAACUUGCUUUGGAAGAGUCCAAGAAGGAAGGCUAUGACUUGCGUUUGGAUGCCAUUCCAAUUCAAGCAGCCAAGGCAUCAAGAGAUAUUGCUAGCGAUUACAAAUAUAAGGAAGGCUACCGCAAGCAGCUCGGUCAUCACAUCGGGGCCCGGGACAUUAAGGAUGACCCCAAGAUGAUGUGGUCCAUACAUGUAGCCAAAAUCCAGAGUGACAGAGAAUAUAAGAAAGACUUUGAGAAGUGGAAGACCAAGUAUUCCAGCCCAGUGGACAUGUUGGGGAUAGUGCUCGCCAAGAAGUGCCAGAUCCUUGUAAGCGACAUAGACUACAAACAUCCUCUACAUGAGUGGACCUGUCUGCCUGACCAGAAUGAUGUCAUCCAGGCUCGGAAGGCAUAUGACCUUCAGAGUGAUGCUAUUUACAAAGCUGAUCUUGAGUGGCUAAGAGGCAUCGGAUGGGUGCCUAUUGGUUCUGUAGAAGUCGAGAAGGUGAAGAGAGCUGGGGAAAUCCUGAGUGACAGGAAGUACCGUCAGCCUGCAGACCAGCUCAAAUUCACAUGCAUUACAGACACCCCAGAAAUUGUCCUGGCAAAGAAUAAUGCCCUGACAAUGAGUAAGCAUUUAUAUACAGAAGCUUGGGAUGCUGACAAAACCUCCAUCCAUGUGAUGCCAGACACUCCAGAAAUCUUGCUGGCCAAGAGCAACUCUGCCAAUAUCAGCCAAAAACUUUACACCAAGGGAUGGGAUGAAUCAAAGAUGAAGGAUUAUGAUCUGAGUGCUGAGGCUGUUUCCAUCAAAAGUGCCAAGGCAUCCAGGGACAUCGCUAGUGAUUACAAAUACAAGGAAGCAUAUGAGAAACAGAAGGGCCACCACAUUGGAGCCCAGAGCAUUGAAGAUGACCCCAAGAUUAUGUGUGCCAUACAUGCAGGGAAGAUUCACAGUGAACGAGAAUACAAGAAGGAUUUCCAGAAGUGGAAGACCAAGUUCUCCAGCCCAGUGGACAUGUUAGGUAUCUUACUGGCCAAGAAAUGUCAGACUCUGGUCAGUGAUGUUGAUUACCGAAAUAUCCUGCAUCAUUGGACAUGCUUACCUGAUCAAAACGACAUUAUCCAAGCAAAGAAGGCCUAUGAUCUUCAAAGUGAUGCGAUCUACAAGGCUGACUUGGAGUGGUUGCGUGGCAUUGGCUGGCUGCCUGAAGGCUCUCCCGAAGUACUGAGGGUCAAAAAUGCCCAGGAGAUCCUACGAGACAGUGUGUACCGGACACCUGUGGUGAACCUCAAGUACACAAGUAUUGUUGACACACCUGAAGUUGUCCUUGCCAAAUCCAAUGCUGAAAAUAUAAGUAUUCCAAGGUACCGAGAACUUUGGGACAAAGAUAAAACUUCAAUCCACAUAAUGCCAGAUACUCCAGAAAUUAACCUUGCUAGAGCCAACGCUCUUAAUGUUAGCAAUAAAGUUUACCGUGAAGGUUGGGAUGAAGUCAAGAUGAGUUGUGAUGUCCGGCUGGAUGCCAUCCCUAUCCAGGCUGCCAAGGCCUCCAGGGAGAUUGCCAGUGAUUAUAAAUACAAGCUUGACCAUGAGAAGCAGAAAGGACACUAUGUGGGCACUCUCACAGCCCGGGAUGACAACAGGAUCCGCUGGGCCCUCAUAGCUGGCAAGGUUCAGAAUGAAAGAGAGUACAGGCUGCCAUGGACCAAAUGGAAGACGAAGUUCCAAAGUCCUGUGGAUAUGCUCUCCAUCUUGCACUCUAAAAAAUGUCAGACGCUGGUCAGCGAUAUUGAUUAUCGUAAUUACCUUCACCAAUGGACAUGCAUGCCAGACCAAAAUGAUGUGAUUCAGGCCAAGAAAGCCUAUGAGCUGCAAAGUGACGCUGUGUACAAGGCCGACUUGGAAUGGUUACGUGGGAUUGGGUGGAUGCCAAAUGACUCUGUUUCCGUCAAUCAUGCCAAACAUGCUGCAGAUAUCUUCAGUGAGAAAAAAUAUCGCACAAAGAUAGAAACUCUCAACUUUACUCCUGUGGAUGACAGAGUUGAUUAUGUGACAGCAAAACAAAGUGGUGAGAUCCUAAAUGAUAUUAAAUACAGGAAACAUUGGAAUGACACAAAAUCGAAGUACACCCUCACAGAAACCCCUCUGCUACACACUGCCCAGGAGGCAGCUCGGAUACUGGACCAGUAUCUCUACAAAGAAGGCUGGGAGAAACAAAAAGCCACAGGUUACAUUUUGCCUCCGGAUGCAAUCCCAUUUGUUCAUGCCCAUCACUCUGGUGAUGUCCAAAGCGAGCUGAAAUACAAAGCUGAACAUGUAAAGCAAAAAGGUCAUUAUGUUGGUGUUCCAACCAUGAGAGAUGAUCCUAAACUGGUUUGGUUUGAACAUGCAGGCCAGAUUCAGAAUGAUAGACUAUAUAAAGAGGACUAUCAUAAAACAAAGACCAAAAUCAACAUACCUGCUGAUAUGGUAUCAGUCUUGGCCGCCAAACAGGGGCAGAGCCUUGUCAGUGAUAUUGAUUACCGUAAUUACCUUCACCAAUGGAUAUGUCAUCCUGACCAAAAUGAUGUUAUUCAGGCAAGGAAGGCCUAUGACCUACAAAGUGACAAUGUCUACAAAGCUGACCUGGAGUGGCUCCGAGGCAUUGGCUGGAUUCCCCUGGAUUCUGUGGACUAUGUGAGAGUCACUAAGAACCAGGAAAUGGUGAAUCAGAUAAAAUAUAAGAAAGAUGCUCUUGACAACUAUCCUAAUUUCACAAGUGUGGUGGACCCUCCAGAGAUUGUUUUAGCCAAGAUUAACUCAGUCAAUCAAAGUGAUGUGAAAUAUAAAGAAACAUUUAAUAAAGAAUUAAGGGGCAAGUAUAUAUUUUCUCCAGAUACACCACAUAUCACCCACUCCAAAGACAUGGGAAAGCUCUAUAGUACCAUACUAUAUAAAGGCGCAUGGGAAGGAACCAAGGCCUAUGGUUAUACCUUGGAUGAACGCUAUAUUCCCAUCGUUGGCGCCAAGCAUGCUGACUUUGUGAACAGUGAGCUUAAAUACAAAGAGACAUAUGAGAAGCAGAAGGGUCACUACCUGGCUGGAAAAGAAAUCAGUGAAUUCCCUGGCGUGGUUCAUUCUUUGGAUUUCCAAAAGAUGAGGAGUGCGUUGAACUACAGAAGAGAUUAUGAGGACACCAAAGCAAAUGUUCAUAUCCCCAAUGAUAUGAUGAACCAUGUGUUGGCUAAAAAGUGCCAGUAUAUCCUCAGUGACCUGGAAUACCGAAACUACUUCCACCAAUGGACAUCUCUUCCAGAAGAACCCAACAUUAUAAGGGCCCGAAAUGCACAAGAGAUCUUGAGUGAUAAUGUGUAUAAAGAUGACUUGAAUUGGCUGAAAGGCAUUGGAUGCUAUGUUUGGGACACACCCCAGAUCCUCCAUGCCAAGAAAUCAUAUGACCUACAGAGUCAGAUACAAUACACAGCAGCUGGUAAAGAAAAUCUACAAAAUUACAAUCUAGUGACAGAUACCCCAGUUUAUGUGACUGCUCUGCAAAGUGGCAUUAAUGCCAGUGAGGUGAAAUAUAAAGAAAAUUAUCAUAAAAUUAAGGACAAAUAUACAACGGUCCUAGAAACAGUGGAUCAUGACAGAAUCAAGAAUCUGAAGAAUCUAUAUAGCAGUAACCUGUACAAGGAUGCCUGGGAGAAAGUGAAAGCCACCAGCUACAUCCUCCCAACCAACAGUGUGUCCAUGACACAUGCUAAGAACCAGAAACAUAUGGCCAGCAUUAUCAAAUAUCGGGAGGAAUAUGAAAAGUUCAAAGCUCUUUAUACUUUACCAAAAAGUGUUGAAGAUGAUCCAAACACAGCCCGGUGUCUCAGAGUUGGCAAAUUAAACAUUGAUCGUCUAUACAGAUCAGUUUAUGAAAACAACAAGAUGAAAAUCCACAUCGUGCCCGACAUGGUAGAAAUGGUUACUGCUAAGGAUUCUCAGAAGAAAGUCAGUGAAGUUGAUUACCGCCUGCAUCUCCAUGAGUGGAUUUGCCACCCUGACUUGCAAAUCAAUGAUCACGUGAGGAGAGUCACCGAUCAGAUCAGUGAUAUUGUGUACAAGGAUGACCUCAAUUGGCUGAAAGGCAUUGGUUGCUAUGUCUGGGACACUCCUGAAAUUCUCCAUGCCAAACAUGCUUAUGAUCUUCGCAAUGAUAUUAAGUACAAAGCUCAUGUACAGAAAACAAGGAAUGACUACAAGCUGGUCACUGAUACACCUGUCUAUGUCCAGGCUGUCAAAAGUGGGAAACAACUGAGUGAUGCUGUCUACCACUAUGACUACGUGCGCAGUGUCAGAGGCAAAGUGGCUCCAACUACAAAAACAGUGGAUCUGGACCGGGCCCUUCAUGCAUACAAGCUGCAGAGUGAGAAUCUGUACCGAAGGCCUGGCCUGCGCUACCUGCCCACAGGAUAUAGGCUUCCAGUUGAUACACCACACUUCAAACAUACCAAAGACACCCAAUACAUGAGCAGUUAUUUCAAGUACAAAGAAGCUUAUGAACACAUCAAGGCAAAUGGGUACACUCUUGGCCCCAAUGAUGUUCCAUUUGUCAAUGUCCGGAGAGUCAAUAAUGUCACCAGUGAGAGAUUGUAUCGACAGUUGUACCACAAACUGAAAGACAAGAUUCACACAACUCCAGACACACCUGAAAUCCGCCAAGUCAAGAAGACACAAGAGGCUGUCAGUGAGUUGAUCUACAAAUCAGACUUCUUCAAGAUGCAGGGUCACCUGAUCUCACUGCCAUACACACCACAAGUGAUCCAUUGUCGCUACGUGGGAGACAUCACCAGUGAUUCUAAUUACCUGUAUACUGAUAAUGCAAGGAAGAUGCGUGACAAGUACCAAGUAGUCCUUGACACUCCGGAAUACAGAAAAGUGCAGGAACUGAAGACACAUCUGAGUGAGCUGGUGUACAGAGCUGCAGGCAAGAAGCAGAAGUCCAUCUUCACUUCAGUUCCAGAUACUCCUGAUCUUCUAAGAGCCAAGCAAGGGCAGAAGCUUCAGAGUCAGUAUCUGUAUGUUGAACUUGCCACUAAAGAGAGACCCCAUCAUCAUGCUGGAAACCAGACCACAGCUUUGAAGCAUGCUAAAGAUGUAAAGGACAUGGUCAGCGAGAAAAAGUACAAGACUCAGUAUGAAAAGAUGAAAGACAAGUAUACCCCAGUUCCAGAUACACCAAUCCUCAUCAGAGCCAAGAAAGCCUACUGGAACGCCAGUGAUCUCCGCUACAAAGAAACAUUUCAAAAGACCAAAGGGAAAUACCACACUGUGAAGGAUGCCCUGGACAUUGUCUACCAUCGCAAAGUCACAGACGACAUUAGUAAAGUCAAAUACAAGGAGAACUACAUGAGUCAGUUGGGAAUCUGGAGGUCCAUUCCUGAUCGCCCAGAACAUUUCCACCAUCGGGCAGUUACUGAUGCAGUCAGUGAUGUGAAAUAUAAAGAAGAUCUGACUUGGCUUAAAGGCAUUGGUUGCUAUGCCUAUGAUACUCCUGACUUCACUCUGGCUGAAAAGAACAAGACUCUCUACAGCAAGUAUAAAUAUAAAGAGAUAUUUGAAAGGACAAAGUCCAAUUUCAAGUACGUCGCUGAUUGUCCAAUCAAUCAGCAUUUCAAGUAUGCGACUCAGUUGAUGAAUGAGAAAAAAUACAGAGCUGAUUAUGAGAAGCGGAAAGAUAAAUACCAGCUGGUAGUCGAUGAGCCUAGACAUCUGCUGGCUAAGAUGGCAGGCGACCAGAUCAGCCAGAUCCAGUACAGGAAAAAAUAUGAAAAAUCAAAGGACAAAUUUACCUCAAUUGUGGAUACUCCAGAACACCUUCGUACUACAAAAGUCAACAAACAAAUCAGUGAUAUACUAUAUAAAUUGGAAUACAACAAGGCCAAACCCAGAGGCUACACCACAAUCCAUGAUACACCCAUGUUGCUGCAUGUCCGCAAGGUCAAAGAUGAAGUCAGUGAUCUGAAAUACAAAGAAGUUUAUGAAAGAAAUAAGUCCAACUGCACCAUUGAGCCAGAUGCUGUUCAUAUUAAAGCAGCCAAAGAUGCCUACAAAGUCAAUACCAAUCUAGACUACAAGAAGCAGUAUGAAGCCAGCAAAGCCUACUGGAAGUGGAUCCCUGACCGACCAGACUUCAUCCAGGCUGCCAAGUCCUCCCUACAACAAAGCGAUUUUGAAUAUAAGCUGGACCGAGAGUUCCUCAAGGGUUGCAAGCUUUCUGUCACUGAUGAUAAAGAUAUGGUGCUGGCUCUGAGGAAUUCCUUAAUAGAAAGUGAUUUGAAAUACAAAGAGAAACAUGUCAAGGAAAGAGGAACCUGUCAUGCUGUGCCUGACACCCCUCAGAUCCUUCUGGCAAAGACUGUCAGCUCUCUGGUGUCCGAGAACAAGUACAAGGACUACGUCAAGAAGCACUUGGCCCAGGGGUCAUACACGACACUACCAGAGACCCCAGACACUAUUCGUGUCAAGAAAGUGACCAAGCACGUCAGUGAUACAAAUUACAAAAAGAAGUUUGUCAAAGAAAAAGGGAAAUCCAACUACUCCAUCAUGCUGGAACCCCCAGAUGUGAAGCAUGCUAUGGAAGUGGCCAAGAAGCAGAGCAAUGUUGCUUAUAAAAAAGAUGCCAAAGAAAACCUGCACUACACCACAGUGGCCGAUCGACCAGACAUCAAGAAGGCAACACAGGCAGCCAAACAGGCCAGUGAAGUGGAGUAUAGAGCUAAGCACCGCAAGGAAGGCAGCCAUGGGCUAAGCAUGCUUGGUCGCCCAGACAUUGAAAUGGCCAAGAAAGCAGCCAAGCUGAGCAGCCAGGUUAAAUACAGAGAAAACUUCAACAAAGAGAAGGGCAAAACACCGAAGUACAAUCCUAAAGACAGCCAGCUGUACAAAGUCAUGAAAGAUGCUAAUAAUCUUGCCAGCGAGGUUAAAUAUAAAGCUGACCUGAAGAAACUUCACAAACCUGUGACUGAUAUGAAAGAAUCUCUGAUAAUGAAUCACGUCCUAAAUACAAGCCAACUUGCGAGUUCUUACCAGUACAAGAAGAACUACGAGAAGAGUAAAGGCCACUACCACACAAUACCAGAUAAUCUGGAGCAGCUUCACCUGAAGGAGGCCACAGAAUUACAGAGUUUAGUGAAAUACAAAGAAAAGUAUGAAAAGGAACGAGGAAAACCCAUGUUGGACUUUGAAACUCCAACAUACCUUACCGCCAAAGAGUCUCAGCAGAUGCAAAGUGGGAAAGAAUAUAGGAAAGAAUAUGAAGAGUCCAUUAAAGGCAGAAACCUGACGGGUCUGGAGGUCACACCAGCUCUGCUACAUGUCAAAUAUGCAACCAAAAUAGCCAGCGAGAAAGAGUACAGGAAGGAUUUGGAGGAAAGCAUUCGUGGGAAGGGUCUCACUGAAAUGGAAGAUACACCUGACAUGUUAAGAGCAAAGAAUGCCACUCAAAUCCUCAAUGAGAAAGAAUAUAAGAGAGAUCUGGAGCUGGAGGUCAAAGGAAAAGGCCUGAAUACCAUGGCCAAUGAAACUCCCGACUUUUUGAGGGCCAGAAAUGCCACUGAUAUUGCCAGUCAGAUUAAGUACAAGCAAUCAGCUGAAAUGGAAAAAGCCAAUUUCACUUCUGUGGUUGAUACUCCAGAAAUAAUUCAUGCUCAACAAGUCAAGCACCUUUCAAGCCAGAAAAAGUACAAGGAAGAUGCAGAGAAGUCCAUGUCAUAUUAUGAGACAGUCUUGGAUACUCCAGAAAUGCAGAGAGUCCGGGAGAACCAAAAGAACUUCAGCCUUCUUCAAUACCAGUGUGAUCUUAAAAACAGUAAAGGAAAAAUUACAGUUGUUCAAGACACACCAGAAAUACUGCGUGUUAAAGAAAAUCAAAAGAAUUUCAGCUCGGUUUUAUAUAAAGAGGAUGUCUCACCAGGAACUGCAAUUGGAAAGACACCAGAGAUGAUGAGAGUGAAGCAAACACAGGAUCACAUCAGCUCGGUGAAAUAUAAGGAAGCUGUUGGACAAGGAACCCCAAUCCCUGACCUGCCUGAAGUGAAACGUGUCAAGGAGACACAGAAGCAUAUCAGCUCGGUUAUGUACAAAGAAAAUUUGGGAACAGGCACCCCAACCCCUAUCACUCCAGAGAUUGAAAGAGUCAAACGCAAUCAAGAGAACUUUAGCUCGGUUUUGUACAAAGAAAAUUUGGGGAAAGGAACCCCAACACCUAUCACUCCAGAGAUGGAGAGAGUGAAACGCAAUCAAGAGAACUUUAGCUCGGUGUUAUACAAAGAAAAUAUGGGCAAGGGGACUCCUUUACCUGUCACUCCAGAGAUGGAGAGAGUCAAACACAAUCAAGAAAACAUUAGCUCGGUUUUGUACAAAGAAAAUGUGGGAAAAGCCACUCCAACCCCCAUGACUCCAGAGAUGCAAAGAGUCAAACGCAAUCAAGAGAACAUUAGCUCGGUUUUAUACAAGGAGAACCUGGGGAAAGCAACCCCCACACCCUUUACUCCUGAGAUGGAACGAGUGAAACGCAAUCAAGAAAACUUUAGCUCGGUGUUAUACAAAGAGAAUAUGCGAAAAGCCACUCCGACACCUGUCACUCCAGAGAUGGAGAGAGCUAAGCGCAACCAAGAAAACAUUAGCUCGGUCCUUUACUCUGAUAGCUUCCGGAAACAAAUACAAGGCAAAGCUGCCUAUGUGUUAGACACCCCAGAAAUGAGACGAGUAAGGGAGACCCAACGCAACAUCUCCACAGUUAAGUAUCAUGAAGACUUUGAGAAACACAAGGGUUGCUUCACACCCGUGGUGACAGACCCUAUCACUGAAAGGGUGAAGAAGAACACACAGGACUUCAGUGACAUUAACUACCGAGGUAUUCAGAGAAAAGUGGUAGAAAUUGGACAAAAACGGAAUGACCAGGAUCAGGAGACUGUUACAGGUUUACGAGUCUGGCGUACUAAUCCUGGCUCCGUUUUUGACUAUGAUCCAGCAGAAGACAACAUUCAAUCCCGAAGCUUACACAAGAUCAAUGUCCAAGCUCAGCGACGGAGCCGCGAGCAGUCACGAUCUGCCAGUGCGCUGAGCAUCAGCGGCGGCGAGGAGAAGUCUGAACACUCGGAUGCCGCCGACCUCCACCUCUCCACCUACAGCGAAGGGGGUGUCUUCUUCUCCGCCACCUCAGCAGCUUAUAAACAUGCAAAGACCACAGAGCUCCCACAACAACGAUCCUCUUCGGUUGCCACCCAACAGACGACAGUAUCCUCUAUCCCAUCUCAUCCGUCUACUGCUGGAAAAAUCUUCCGUGCCAUGUAUGACUACAUGGCUGCUGAUGCAGAUGAGGUGUCCUUCAGAGAUGGAGAUGCUAUUGUCAACGUUCAAGCUAUUGAUGAAGGUUGGAUGUAUGGCACUGUACAGAGGACUGGCAGGACCGGCAUGCUCCCAGCCAACUAUGUUGAAGCUAUUUAGGCAGUUUUGAGUAUCAUGCUGUUUGCAGGGUCUGUGGCUCCUGCAGUAUUUCAGUAUAGACUCUUAAUUAUUGCCAAAUUGUCAAACUGCCUAGUGGUCUUUCUGCAUCAAUAUGAUUCAUGUUUGUACCAUUCUGUAAUUUGUUUCUAUCUGAAUCCCAACAACUCCCCAGGAAAACAAAUGUUAAUAUCACUACUCAACUCAAUUAUUAAGUUGAAUUUACUUUCUCAUUACUUCCUGGACUUACACAUAAAACUUAGGAGACAUUCAACCUAUGUAAGUUCAUUAUUUUUAAAUUGUCAUAAUCAACAUUUCCUUUGAGUUUUAAAAUCAGUGAAAUUUCUGAAGAUAUUUUACUGAGGAUCUUUCUUUAUGGUGAAAAUGUUUAACAUUAAUUCUCAACUAAAACAAGGAUUCUGAACACGUCAAACACAUUAAACGAGAAAAGCAAGGAUAUUUGUUCACAUUUUCCUUGCUUACUAAAUGCUGAUGCUUUUAUUUAUAACCCAGUUCUGAAGUUAUAAAGCCGAUAGUUAAUAUAAACUGGUGAUGUUAGGUUAAUAACAUGGUUAACUAAUAAAACUAUAAAUCUGCA